AUGUCCAAUUCUAGGGGUCCUUCUAGGACUGUCUCUAAGGAGUUAGACAGGGCUAAACCGAGCAGAACUAGUAGCCUAAGAAGUGAUAUAUCGGUACAAAAAGGUCAGGUGACUGGAUACAAGUUUAAACAGAAGGUGCUGACAACAACACUAUCGAUUGAUGAAGAGGAUCUGACAAGUGGAGCUCAAAAAGGAUCACCUCUGCCAAAGGGAUCUGAUGUUACAAAGAAUGUAGAGGCUACAAAAAAGGUUCCUACAACACAAAUAAAGAGUGCUAGAGGUGGCAAGUCGCCAUCGGAAUCUGGUAGAGGAUCCAGACAAAUUACACUCAUUGAUGAUGGACAACCUCCAAAGAGCAAAGCACCUUAUAGAAGAAGUGUUUCAACAGGUGAUUCAUUGGAAGAAGAUCCAGAAUCUAGUACACCAAGGUCUGGCAGAUUUUUAAAGAGGACUAGGAGCCUCAUUAGUUCUCCAUCGAUAAAUUCAGCAUCAUCAAAGUCUACACCGACUCGAGUGGCAUCCAAAAAGGGUAAUUCUGCGGCAAAGACUAUUAAGGAUUAUUUGACACCAAAGGAGCCGGUGCAAGAGGAUAAAGAGGAACAAAUAUCGCAAAAAAUAGACCAAGUUAAUGGAGAUGUCAAGGCUAUUCCUCAGGCUAAAAUCGCAUAUAUUAAAGCCAAAGAUGUAAUUUCAUGGUUAGGGGAUUCAAACCGUGAUACACCUCUUGCUCUUCAGUUGGGUCACAAUGGUGAAUACUACACGAAUACUAAGGGAAAUAACAACUGGACCAAAUCUAGUUCUGUAACCCCUGAUAAUAUUCUACAAGAACUUGAUUUUUGGGUAUGCAAAAAUAGAGAGGCUCACAUAAUUAACCUCUCAGAGGAAGGUGAUCAGCGGGGCCAAAAUUAUUCUUGCCCUAGCUGCUCUGGUAAACAAAUUAAGGUGACUCAAACUACACAUCAGGAUUGCACUCUAUAUGUACAUGAUAUUGAUGGAUUUACCAUUUCCAGGAUUAAGACCAAAGAGACUAAUUAUACUGGACUUUCAAACAUUGGAGGUGUUAAAUCAGUUAAUGUAUACUGCACAAAGAAUACUGUAGAUGCAUUUCUAAUCUACUUUAAAUAUGAAGAUCUGAAAUCCAGAAAAAAUGAGAACAGGUGGUACAGUAGAUGUUCAGGAGACACUCACUGGGAGGUAGAAAAGGGUUUUACUGGUGUACCAUCCGUUGAUGAUAUAACCUCAAUGAAGAGUCUACUUACUGAUUCCUUAACACCAAUGGUUAUAGUCAAUCUUUCAAUUGACAGAGAAAGUAAAGAAUUCAGGCUCAAGGACGUUGAAUAUGAUGGAAAACUACUUGAUAUAAAAUCAGAUGUUUCUAUGAAAAACCUAAUAGCUUAUUACUAUUCUUCAGAUGGUAUUCGUAAUCUGUUGCUAUUGGUAGAAAUGAGACUAAAUGGCAAUAGUAGAAGUCUUGAUGGAGAAAAGUGGAUAUCUGUGGCCAGAAAUGGAAACACCAAAGUAGAUGUUAAAAAGCUUGAGAAUGUUGUUGCUCUUCUCAAGAGAAUAGAAUUUCCCGAACCACCCAGUAAUACUGGCAAGAUUAUUGAGACGUCUCUAAUAACUUCUGAUGUAUUGGCAGGUGGAGCUGCCGUAGGCCUUGGAAUAUGGAAAGGACCCGCUCUACUUGCACGACUAAUAACUCGAAAAUACGGUGGCAUCACUCAUUUACAAGAUGACGAUGGUGAGAGACUCAAUGAAGAGUACCGCUUCAAGAGGUCCAAACGGACAUACCAUAAGUUGCAAGAGAGCAUCAUGGGAUUAAUGACAAAGUACAAGUCCGAUUUGGAGCAUUUAGACGAUAAGAUAAAAUCGCUGGAAUCGCAAUUUUUCAAUAAUCCGCCAGAGGCAACUGGAUUGAUAAAGGGAUGGGAGGGUAAUGUGCUUAAUAAUGCGUAUGCCUCGCUUUCUAACGGCCUGAAAUCGCGCAGAGGGUUACACAAUAAGCUAAAGGCAAACUUUGUGCAGACACAGACUGUCAUUACGGAGCACAUUUUCUCCCUCACGAGUUCUACGUGCUCCAUAUCCAGAAUGCUGUUGAAUAAUAGUUGA